GCGCGGGUUCGUAUCAGUGGGUGCGCCGAAAAGUUUGUCUCGCGUCUUUUCGCGGUCGUCGGGGGUGCGUGUGUGUGUUAUAUAUGAAGAUCACCGCGUUAGCGGUGAUUCGAUGUGUCAUUGAGCAUUAAUUGAGAUCUAGUGCAAAGAUGCGGAUGCAGAUAUUGAAGAUUGUGUUGGUCCUCCUUGUCGCAGGAUCAGGGGAUGCCAGACCUCAGAAAAGUGAUACAUAUAUACUGCUGAAUCCGCCGUCCACAACUGUAAAGAGCACGGAGGUCGAGAAAAUGAAAUUACAACAACCUUUCCAGACAGAAGUACGAUUGACGGUCAGACCAAGUUCGUCAAUCGACAGAGUAGAAACGAUCUCGCAGCCUGAUAAGACGGCAGAGAAAAUCACGUCGCAGUUGAUUCCCGUGAUAACCACGGAAAAGGUAACCGUGAUCACGAAAAAACCGACUACAACAAUCAUGAAAAAGAUCACAACUACUCUAAGACCGGAGAGAGGCACUUCGGAUUCAGAGAAGUUAGAAUCCUCUUCGGGUACGACUUUAAAAGCAGUUCGCACCACAACUGUAAGCACUUUGACGAAUGAUGGAACAGCUUCCUCGACAACCAUUUUUACGACGAAGAAGAGUCAGGGGACGCGAACCACUUCUAAACCGAAGAUUACUACACCGAGAACGACUUCGCAUUCCAAGCUGAUAACGACAAAGCCGACGAGAUCAGGUCAACAAGGUAGACCGAAGCCUACCACGACAAGAAGAACCACGAUCAAACUUGAAACAACGAAAAACGAGACUUCUACAUCGACCGGUAAGAUUGAGAAAGUGACCUUCAAACCGGUUCAAAUCAUCACAACUCCGCAGAACAAACCGGAGAAUACCGAAAAACCGAUAUUUGUCACUAAGAUAAAAGCUUCGAUGCUCAUGGACAAUCAGAAAGCCUCGACCACUUUACUUCCGACAUCGGUUGCAAUCACCCCAGGUUCCGAUAUCGCAUCUAAAGAGGUUUUGUCCGGCGGCGAUCUCGUGGAAGUGCCAGUGAGAUCGAAACCGAUCGGCACGAAGGUGAACAACGUGUUGAAAGUACAGCUGAAAAAGCCUGCGGAUGAGACUACGCAAAUCGAAAUAGAGCCGAUUAAAGUGAACGCGCCGAUCUUGAAAAUCGAGAAGAUCGACAAGGACAAGAUGGAGCAGAUUGUAGAGAAGGAUACGAAUAAUCUGAGUAACUCCAAGAUAGACUUACAGUUUGACUUUAAUCCCGAACUGACGAAGAUUAAUGUAGAAACGCAAACAGAAAUGACCGCAACGUCGACAACGACGACCGCAACGACAGCGUCGACCACGACUAAACGUCCGAGACACAGUUCGAAGAGGAAGAAGAACAAAGUUCGCAGACGCAAACCAUCCAGGACAUCAGCGGCGCCAAGUUCGACAACAGUUGCGACGAUCGUCUCUACUUUGAUGGAGACCAGCGAGAGUAUCACGGACGCUACCUUCUUAGAUAACGCGAUCCAGGAAUCAAAGAUCGCACCCGAGACAAAGGUUGCAGCAAACUCGACAAAGAACAAGAAAAAACAGCCACCAAAAGCGAUCGGCACUCAAAUUUACAACUUUCUCAGUCGCGAGGUGAUGCCUAGCUUCGGCGUGAUGUCGUUGGUGGGUCUGGGUCUCGGUUUAGCCUCGUACUUCUUGUAUCCUUUCGGCGGUACCAUCGCCCGAAGAAAUUACGACGUGGAGCAAAAUUACAAAUACAAUCCGGACGAAUACGGCGGUAAUUACGGACAGAGCGAGGAGGAGGUGUUAUCCAAGGUGUUUCAAGGUAUGACGAAUCACGAAAGCAAAUAUCCGGGGGUGAAGGAUGCCAAUAGCAAUUAUUAUCAUUAUCAGCAUUACGAUGGUGCGUAUGAUGCACAGACAACGAAAAAGACCGACGCGAGAUAUCCGUCGAUAUCCACAUCAUCCGUUUAUAAAACGAUGGAAAACACCCAGCCGGCAGUUAAGUAUCGGAACACGGACUUUAGAUAUACCGAGGCUCAAACCACUCCGGUUUAUUACGAUCACAAGCAUUCGGAUCUGUCAGAAAUCGCAGGAUCAGCGAAUCGGCAGUUUGUGGUCGGUAACGUACCCAAGGAAUAUCCCUUUGACGUGAAAGCGGCCGCCUUGCCGAUAGACAGCAAGAACGGCGUUAAUUAUGUAUCGACUGAGAUCGGGCAAACACAGUUUGAGAGAGAUAUCGCGCAAGGUUUCAAUUUUCCACCGAACUCAGCUGAUGUGCACAAUUACGGUCACCUGGAAGCAUCGACUGUCAAACCGGACGAUGGAUAUGAAGAGAUCGAGAUAACUCCGACCGCGGUAGCCGUCGAACAUGGACCGCGAUCUCUCAAGGUCAGACGCGCUGUUAGUACCAGCGAAGGUGACCGACAUUUGAGGCCGAAGAGAGAGUCGGUAAUACAGGUGAUACCUUCAAAACACGAACUGGAGGAGGAGCGCGAAGAGAUGGAGAAGGAAGAAGACUUGAGCAACGAGAUUCUGGACAUCAUCGACUCGGCACUGCCGGGUGGAGAGCAGCUAAAGACGAAGAAAAGUAGCGAGGACAACGAGGUAGAAGAUAUCGAGGGACAGAGGAAAAAACAGCAGGAGGAAGCCAAUACGCGUGCGAAGGAAUCCACUAUGAAGACUCUUACCACCGUGAAAAAUAUUGAAAACGCAAAAGAUACGACAAAUAUCCCCGAAAGCGCGUCAUCUACUCCCAAGAUCGAGCAAGGGAAUGACGGUGUUUCAAGCACCUCUUCAGAAACUUCUUCUGAUCGAGAUACCACAGAGACGAAUUCCGCGAGCACGACAUGGAAUCCGAAAAACUCGGAAGCGACAACUGUCGAAUGGUUCGAGAGCUCGACCACGAAGAAGCCCCCGGAAGGAUUUAGCCUUUUCAACUUCGUAAAGAAAGUGGCCGAGAUCAAGUUCAGGCUGGGCUUGACGAUCCUCAAGCACGCCAGCGAAGGAUUCGCGCGAUAUCUAGGUCACGUGCAGAAAAGGAUCAACGGCGAGGAAUGAGGGUGACCGGGUAUAGCAAACUCGAGGAGCGGCGAUAAAUUGACUGGCGAUAAAAGUUUUGCGUUUCGCGCUAUAAUUUAUACGUUUUGAUCGCGUUCUCCAAUCUACCCUACGCGGCGCGCGUUUGCUUGAAAAUGUUAUUCGCCGGGAUAACCGCGAUCCCAAAGAGCCUCGUAAAGAAGAAGCAACAUCUUCCCUGACAUCUUCACGGUCGAUUCGAGACGCGAUUUCACGGACGAUCAUUUUUGUUUAUUCGCAUUGCCGAUAAAUCAUCGUCCUUUCACUUAGAAAGCUAAAACGAUGAAGAGAAACACGAACUACUGUUACGUCGGUGAACGCGUGGCGUCUUCCUCUUCAAAGUAUGGGAUCUUUCGCCAGGAUCUUCCUCGAUGCUUGACGCGCGAGGGAUCGAUGAUCGAUGACAAUGCAAUGUACUUCAGUUUUACGAUAAAUGUUUGAUUAGUUUGACGAGCUUUAAUAUCGGUUUUCGGAUCCUCGCGCGUAAACGGACGACACGCGACAUGACAAGAUGUGUUUUAAGAAUAUAUUUCUUCAGACUCAAAAGUAGCGCGGGAGUUUGGUGAGGGGUUUCGAUAAAUUUCUUUCUUCCAGAAAAUCGCAGUUAAAUUUUUAUUAAAGAUCCUUGUAUCUCUUCACAUAAUUUACUAGUUUGGUAUGCGUGCUGCUCUCAUUCUAUCUCGCCAAAGAGCGAGGAAAAACGUAUGGACGAGAGCCGAUUAUUAGGCAACUUAUAUUGUAAAGUACUAUAUAUAAAUAAAAAUAAAUAACUGAAACGAAUAUAUAAAUGAAUAAAUAAAUAAGUAAACUCUCUAUGUAAUACCCUAAUAUGAGUUAUGUAAAUAAAUAUUGGAGAUUGUGAACGCUCUUGUUUCUCUCUCUAUGUUACGCUAUACAAAAAAACAUGUCAUACUAAAACAUUUAUUUCUGACGGAGAAGAUUUUACUAUGAAUUAUUUC